UUGUGCACAGUGUGUUUAUGUGUUUUCUCUGUUAAACGGAUUAUAAAGUUUAUUCGGAGUGAGACUGAACGAUGAGCAUCGACCACACGGAGGCUGCUCGGAGGAAGAGGAGGUUCAGCUCCUGAGUUCCACUGAGGGAUGAAGAGCAGGAAGCAGAGAGUGACGCCAGCAGGAGGAGGAGGCAGGAAGAAAGUCCCCACCGAUGUGUCCCCCUCCACCAGCCUCCCUCCCCUGGUGGAGGGUCAGCUGAGAUGCUUCCUGCAGCUGACGAUAAGCAGAAUAUUAUGGACGGUUCACAAGCCUCCGCCCGCAACGUUCGUCAGGCUUCGCUGGUGGGGAGAGUCGACCGACGGCACCCACUUCCUCCCGAGGGACGGCUCGCAGCUCUCGCAGAAGACCGUCAAGAUCACAAGUCGCUUUGCCAUCCGCUGUGGUCCGAAGCAGUUCACCUCAUACCUUACAGAUAUGGGCUCAUUGGUGCUGGAAGUUCUGACAAAACAGGAUCAUUUGCCGAUUGCACGAGCUGAGGUCGCUGGCAUCUCUCGUCUUUCUCUGUCACAUCCCAUCAGCGGGUUUUACACCAUUGUAUCUCCGACGUCUGAAAAGCUGGGAGAGCUACAGGUUUCACUUAACCUGGAGCCUCUGACUGAAGCCUAUGACAGCAGCAGCUCAUGUCCGCCCACAGAUAUCAGUGGUGAACACCCACAAGUCACCACACUGACUGUGCCCUCGAGGCCCAGAUCACUCUCAGCCGGCAGCGGGAAAGAAUCGGUUCGGAGCAGCAGCGGAAACACACCAAGAGGGAAAGACCACUUAUAUUCCCAAAACCCCCAAAGAGAUGAAGGCAAAGACGAGUUUUUGGAGAAUCAGAUGCCGACAACGAACAGAUCUCAGGACAGUCAAAGGGCUGUGAAUCCUUCAGGUCAGGAGCCUCGUGGACAAACUACCAAUGAUAUCCUCUCAGUUAUUUUAGAGCGUGGGAACAAGCUUAGAAACGCCAUGGUGCUGUCAUCUUUGACAUAUGACAUGGAUUCUGCUCCAGCUCUGAAAGACGCCCCCCUCCCGCUCCCAAAGGACAACAUCCUGCCACCUUUCAAGCCUGUGCUGUCUCCCUCUGGAAUGUUUCUUCAAAAUAUGUUGCAUGCUGACUCAUCUCUUAAACCCUCUGAUGACCUUGCUUUAGUCCCUGAAUGUGACUAUGACUAUAUCGCUGAUAUAGACAACAGAGCCAUAGAUAUUCUCCUCGGCAGCUUGAACACAUCUCCUCUGCCUCUGUGGGAUGGAGAAUGCUUCUUGCCUGAGACUCUGUCUGGCUACAGCAGUGUUUGUCUGGAUAGUGAGCUCAAUGAUCCCCAGUACGAUACAAGCUUACUGGAAAACCUGUUCUACAAAACUCCUAUGUCAGAUACCAGACCAGAUGACACAGAGCCAGAGGGUCAAGGACCAGGGUCCUUGAGUAGAAAUCCGCCCACACAGCUGACACAGUCUGGACCCAAGAUUAGUGGAAGUCCAAAUCCAGAAGCUGGUGAACUUCCCGGCCUGAGUGCAGAGCAGUUGUCUCUGCUGAGUUUGAUCCGAGAGGCAAGAGUGACCAUUGAAUCCCUGACUGUACCUACACACAGCAAAACCACCUCACCCAGGAAGACGUCCAGUAAAGGGAAACCUCCUCGACCAUUAACCAGCAAAAAAUGCACUUAUUUUGUUGAGUACUCGUUACCGAUGGCAUCCACUUCCAGUCGACAUGAUGGUGGUAAAGCUGGAGAUGGGGAGGUGAUCAGAGCAGUUUCUAGUAAAGUCACAGAAGGAGCGGUGAAGUUCCUUCAGCACUCUGUGUUUCCUGUCCACUUCAGCACAGCUACAGUUAAACGUUGGUGUCAAACUGAUCUAAUUUUCAAGAUUUACUCACGAAAGAGCGACCAAAAGAAAGCUGUUCCCAUCGGUAAAGCAGUGCAUCCGCUGCGUUGUCUACUGCAAAGCAAGCAGCUGAGUCAGUAUGUCGUCUUACCCGUGCAGAGGCUGGAAGGAAACUUGGAUUUGCAAGAGAUCGGACCUCUUGUGGUUUCACUGGAACUUUCAGCAGGUGGCAAAGUUAACUUCUCUGGAAAAAGCAAAAGCAAGUUGCCUCGGAGAGAAAUGUCACCCUCACAGACUGAACCCAUCCAACAGAGAGAUCCCACCUUCAGAUCUAAUCUUGUUCAAAGUGGCAGAGAAGAGUCACCUGCUAUAGAAGAGUCCAGGUUAAAUGUUUGGACUCCACAGAAACCCUCAAAAGGACCCUCCUCCCAUCCUGCUGUCAACACACCACCUUAUGAAUCAUGGCAGCAGGUGGAUGAGAACCCCAAGGUUCUGCUUCAUACACUACUCAUGGUGCCAGAUGGAAAGAACUUCAGCUGUGGGCCCAUGCAGACUCCAAAUGUCUACUUGAACUGUAAACUCUUUUGGUGUGAUGAGAUGGCGAGAUCUGUUGUCAGCUGGGGUCAGACUAACCCUUCGUUCAACUUUGCUCAGGUGACUCCUGUGGCUUUAACUACUAAGCUGUUGGAUCGCAUGAAGAAUAACUUGAUGGUGAUUGAAGUGUGGCAGAAAACAGGAAGCUCAGGGCAGGAUCGACUCUUGGGCCUUGUUAAAUUACCUCUUCACCAGUUCUACAUGUCAUUUAGAGAUCCAAAGAUUGCCCACCUUCUUCUCCAGGCACAGUACCCUGUUCUAGGGGUCGACUGCUACAUGCCGAUCAUGGAUGUGUUCUCAGGAAGUUGUAGAGGAAACCUCAGGGUUGUUUUGGCCAUGGGGGGAUCAGAGCAGAUAGUUGCCCUCCAGCGGACGAGGGACGACGAAUACGACAAUCUGUCUCAUCUUGUGAAACCAGUUCAUCUGCUGGAUCAUCAGGCACGUUCACAAUCAAAGGUGACGGCAGCAAAAGGUGAAGCUAUGAGAGAGCAUCUGUUUGUGAUCAAAGUGGAGAAAGUCAAUGGGCUGACACCGCUGCAGUCUACAGUGUGGGGAGAAGCUGACUGCUACAUCCAGUACAGUUUCCCCUGUCAGGACGCUGACGCAGCUGCAUCACUGGACCAGAGCAUCAUCGAGAGCAGUGUGAACCUGAAGCCGUUUCGUACCACCACCAGUCUCUGUGUCCCCGACCCGGAGUUCGGCCACACUGAGACUCAUGUGCUCGUGGUCCCUGAAGGAGUUCCCAUCCAGAGGCUGCUGCUGAGCUCUCUUUCCAGUCAAGGCCUCUGCGGCGGGGGAGGUGUCCAGUUCGAAGUGUGGUGCAGAUAUUAUUAUCCAAAUGUCAGAGAUCAGCUUGUGGCCAAAGGUUUGCUUCCAUUGUCCAAGCUGUGUGCCAUGGUCACCAUGCAGCGACAGCAACCUAAUGAGGCCCACAGGUUCUCGUUACCCCUGAUCCCCAGGACAGAUGAUCCCACGGGACAUCAGCCCCAUCCGUCAGGCCUCUUAGAUGUUUGCAUUCGGUACAAGCACCGGCCGCUGAGACGUGAAGGACAAACUGGUCGAGGAGCUGCCUCUCGUGUUGUGACACUCGUGGUUCAAGUGCACAGAGCAUCCGGUUUGCAGGCAGCUGCAAGGUUGUUAUCAGAACAAGAUGAACGGUUCAGCUACUUUGCCGAUGUGGGGGUGAACAUCUAUGUCACAGUCCAGCUCUCCGUCUUGCCCGAGAGUGAGAGGAGGUGCACCCGCACAGUUGCCAGGACCUUCUGCCCUGAGUUCGAUCACCACAUGGAGAUGUCCUGUGAUCUGCUUGUUCAGAGGAGCAGUGGAGAAACGUACAGCCUGGCUGAGCAGCUGGAAGAGGCUUCUGCUGUCUUCACUGUUUGGAACAGAGACAAUCGCAAAGCAGUGAACAUUUCCAAGCCUAAAGAUGCGAUGUUGGGUACUGUGAAAAUACCACUAGCUGAUCUCAUCCAUAAAAGAACAGGUAUUUCUGGCUGGUUUGGUGUGUACAUACCUCAGGAAACCAGCUCUCAAGAUGUGCACCAGCAAGUCUUGGUGGGGGGCCUCGAGAUCUCUGUCAACUUUGCCCACAACUCAGACAGAGAACGAGUCAUUAAAGCUGCUCAGGGUUUGGGCUGGGUACUGAACCAGAGCGAUCACGAAAUGCAGGAUGAAGAAGAAGCGUGGGAAGAAAGCAUGAAGACACUCUCCUUGACCUUUUCAAUGCCCAGAGUCUGGAUGCCAGUCCACUGUUUGCUGUUGCCGGGCGACAGUGAUCUUCAGCGCUCCACCUACUGCUACUUCAGGUACAAGUUUUACGACCAGGAGGCCGUCUGCUCGCAGAUGAAACACCCGUGUGUCGUAGAGGGGGGGGAGGACACCCAGGCCACAGUGAAUUUUGAAGGAAGUGAGACUUUGGAGCUGAGGAGGACUCAACCUUUACUGUGGUAUCUACGAGAGGAGAAGCUGGAGGUGCAGGUGUGGGUUGCCUUCAAGAAGGAGAAAACCAGGAGACCCACGGAUACAGACCGGCUGGUGGGUUCUGCAUUUGUCGAUCUGUCCUCCCUUGCAAAGAUGCCCAAGAAGAAGCUGACUCUCAGCGGCGUUUACCCGCUGUUCAGACGCUCUGCAGCAGAUCUGCAAGGGGCAGCUCUCAGGGUUCACAUCACCCUGACGGCAGCUUCCAUCCCCAGGGAGGCGUCUGCUGCAGCUGACACCCAGAUGGAGUCUGACAGCCAGGGGGAGCACUUUUCAGAAGAGGAUAUAGCGACAGAUCAACCCCCUUCACUAAGUACCCCCAAAAAAUCUGCACAAAGUGGACACAAGACUAAAACCUCUAGAACGACUGCGGACAUCACAUCUGUGCAGCACACAGAGAUGAGCUUGGAUGAAUCUUUCCCUGUGACAGUCACAGUGGACCAGGCCAUGCACCUGAACCUGGAAGGCUGUCCUCUAGCAGAGCGCAGUGAAGGGACACCAUGCUGCUGUGUUUCCUACAUCACUGUUGACUCUACUGAACCAGUGACCACGGCUGUCAUAGCGGACACUAACUCCCCCAUGUGGGAUCAUCAACACGAGUGCAGGCUUUCAAAUCAGCUACUGGUUGAUCCACAACAAUCUCUUGUUUUCAAAGUCUGGCACAGAGGAGAAACUGAGAGGGUGCUGGGAUUUGCCUCCGUAGACCUUUCCCCUUUACUCUGUGGCUUCUACUCUGUGUGUGGCUGGUACAACAUCACAGACUUCGGUGGUCAAUGUCGCGGCCAACUCAAAGUGUCUGUCACUCCGCUGAAGGGGGUCCAAGACCUCCGAGGACAGAGGAGAGCCAUGAAUGAAGAAGCUGCCAAAAACCGAUCUACUUUAUUCCAGGGCCGACCUCUCAGCUAUCACACCACAGCCACAUAUAGUAGCUUCCCCUCUCACAUCAGCCGCUUCCCUGAGCAGAAGAUCUCAUCACCUGACUACACAGACAGGCUCUUUCCUAAAAGCUCCAAUGAGAGAGACUCUCACCUGGAGCACAUGGAAAAAGUACGUCUCUACCAUCAGAGUCUGCAGGAACAAGCAGCCGCUCACUCGGUCUGUAGCAACCUCAGUCCCUCCCGCUCGUUCCUGUUCUCAGCACUCAGGAAAAAACUCAGCGAGCUCGACAACAUCCAGAGAUAUUUCAGUCAUAAGCCUUCUGCUCCCACGCUCCCGUCUGUGACUGAGCAGGACCGUCACAACAAACAUGAGGAGCAGGGGACGUCGAGGACGGACACGAAUCAGCUUCUUCUGAAGUCCAACCUGUUAGUCGGAGAAGUCAACAACAUCAUGAGUGGAGAUGACCUGGAAACGAUUCCCUCAAACCCUCAGAGCGACUCAAGAACUUCCUCUGGUCCCGACCACAACCCUCAAACUAUUCCUGAGAGUAACUCCAGGUUCACUUCUUCCCAAGAAGAUGUGUCCCUUUCUCUUCAAAAGAUGUCUGACGACCAUCCAGACUCUGGGGCUGAAGAAGAAAAUAAUGGACAACACCACAAAGUUACUCAGUCGGAGGAUGAAAACGAGGAAAGAACAGAUGAAUAUGAAGAUGGAACAGCCUGCGCAAGGGACGUGGGAGUUGAUGAUGACGAGGAGGAAGAUGAAGACUAUGACGAGGUUGUGGUGAAGCCGAGGCAUCUCAACGAGGUGACUUCUCUAACAGACAGAACCAGUCCUUGGACCAGCAUCCACUCAGACCCUGACAUGGUGUCACUGGAGAGUCUGGAGGCACCAGAGGAUUCCGACCGGAGCCAGGACGAGGACGACAAGGAGUCGGUGGUAAAUCUGGAGACUUGUGACUCUGAUAGAAAACAUCAAAGCACAACACCAGAGGAAAUUGAGAGUUGCAAUGGAUCGGGAGAUUCAGACGCAGAGAGAGACGAUGGAAGGACAUUACAAGCUUUAAAUGAGAGACGAGCAAGAGAUCCCCAAAGCCCCAACAAGGAGUCAGGUGACGAAGAUGCAUCACCCGCGUUACAGUACACCACAGACUCCCCCGACUCUUCUCUAGACGAUGAAGAUUCACAGCUACAAACCUCGGAUCCUGUGGAGGUCCCGAAUUUUUUCCUGCCCUCUCACCAAAUGGAAGCGUCUAUGAGAGCCAUUCAACUCGCGCCGUCCUUCUCCAACCCGCCCAGUGACCCAGGCCGGAUCUCUCCACUCCAGAACUUUCCUCGUCGCAGAGAACGUCCUCAGCGGCCCGACCUGUCGCCCUCGUCCAUGAAGAAAGAGACUGAGAGAAUAGCAAAAAUAUUCGCAGCUCACUUCGAUAAGAGUCAUUAGUGUGUAUUUUAUAGGAUUGUGACUGUUUUA